AUGUACAAUUCACAGGCCCCUGGCCCUAGUAUUCAGGACAAAAAACUAUGUGAUGGGUUGACAAAUACAACCUUGGAACCGUUGUGUGGAAGGCCCUUAGGACUCAAAUUCAACACUGUAACUUGUGAUCUGUACAUCGCCGACGCCUACUUUGGACUCGUGGUGGUCGGAGCUGCCGGCGGCGUGGCGAAACAGUUGGUCCAUUCUGCGGAUAAAGUUCCAUUGAAAUUUACAAAUGCUUUGGAUAUUAACACUCAAACUGGUGAAGUGUACUUCACAGAUAGCAGCAGUAUAUAUCAAAGAAGGUCAUAUUUGCCAAUAAUACUGACGGAUGAUUCAACUGGAAGAUUGUUAAAAUAUGAUCCAAGAACAAAACAAGUUCAUGUUGUGCUCAAUGGCUUAGCAUUCCCCAAUGGUGUUGCCCUAAGCAAAGACAACUCUUUCCUUCUCUUAGCUGUUUCAGACACAUUCAAGAUCUUGAAGAUUCACAUUAAUAAUAAUAAUAAUAAUAUUAAUAAUAAAAAUAAUAAGAAUAACCCUAAUAAUAUCAAUAACAACAACUACUACUAUGUACAACAUUUUGCAACGCUUCCACGUUACUCUGAUAAUAUUAAGAGGAAUGAGAAAGGUGAGUUUUGGGUGGCACUUAAUAGUGGAAGGGGAAAGAUUCAAGGGUUAGUGAAAGAUCAUGAAAAUAUUAUUGGAAAAAAUGUAGUUGAUCCAUUAUCAGAAGAUCCUGUGGGGAUUAAAUUUGAUGAAGAGGGAAAUCUUAUUGAGGUCAUUGAUGGAGGGUUUGGUGACCAACUUGAUUCUGUUAGUGAAGUCGAAGAAUUUGGUGGAAGAUUGUGGUUGGGUUCUAAUGUGCAACCUUAUGUCGGAGUCAUAAACCCUACGCCGCUUUGACCGUGUUUGACGUGGUCGGAGAAAAAUAUAAAUACUAAUUAUAUGGGUGAAUUUGGUUUGCGUUUUUAUUUUUUAUUUUUAUUUUUAGAAUUUUCUGUUAAUCAAAAUUUUGUGAAAGAAAAAGAAAAAAUAGGAGGUGAAAAUAGAAAAUUUAAUUUUAUUGUUUUUAUUAUUGUUUUUAUUUUUCUUGUUAAAUUCUGAUAACAGAAAAUACUAAAAGUAAAAACUGAAAAUAAAAACACAAACCAAACACACUCUGAUAUUUCGUAAAAGAACAAGAAAAUAUGAAGAUAAUGUCUUGUAGAAAUGUGUAGGUUUUUUUUUUUUCUAUGUAUAAAUUUGUUUUCUCCAUUGAAUUUCAUGUAUUUUGUUUGAAGUAGUUUUGUUGGAAAAUUCUACUUCUUUAAUUUGUAAGCUGGAGACUGCAAUGGUCCACUUUGUAAUUUUCUUAUUAAAUGUAGUUCUAUCUUUGUUGUAAAAAAAAUAUUGUUUUGUACCAUAUUUAGUUUCAGAUA